AUGACGCCAGCACACAGCUCCUUUGAGAAUAGUGAAGAUGAGAAUCCCAUGACAAUUGCAGCUACAAAACUAUCUACACAGCUAGAGAGAGAGCAGCAGAAUGCAAUUGCAUCUAAAAUAUCGAAUCCUCCGUGCAUUUUAACUCAGCAUCGUGAACUGCGUACUGCCAUGGAAUCAGGUGAUACCAUCGUCUAUCCUGCAUCACCGCCUUCUUCUAUCCUUCAUAAAGAAGAUAAAUGCCUUACAAGUCAACAGCUUGUCAUGAAUCUCUAUCUCAGGCCAAGUAAUCAAGCAGACCGCCGAAAAGAAAAAGAUAGACAGCAAAGGCUGCAUUAUUUACUUAAACUGAUUUGGAAAGGUAUCUAUCGUCCUAACCUAAAGGAUCCUUCCGUCAUCGUCAACUGGUGUUGCGGAGUCGGUUUGUGGAAUAUGGAGAUGGCGACACUGUUCCCAAACACCAGAGUCAUAGGGGUUGAUUUUAAAGAAGCGACCUUGUUGAAUUCACACUAUGGUUUGCCAAACUUGGAGUUUAAAUAUGUUGUGAUCCAUGAUAGAAUAACAGGUUUAGAGUCAUUUGAGCCAAAUUCGGUUGAUUACUUUAUGAUGAGAGAUUGUUGGUUGAUGAAUGCACCCGUAUACAAAUGGGACAAUGUUCUAAAGGAAGCAUAUCGUAUACUUAAGCCCGGUGGAUUUAUACAAAUAGAAGAGCAUUCUUUAUAUCUCAUGUCAAAAUCAAGUGGUAUCCGAUUACUCAACACUUAUUUUGAAAACUUCUUUGCUGAACUUCAAGUAGACAGAAGAAUUUCUACCAAACUAGAAAACCAUUUACUGACAGCUGGUUUUAUAGAUGUAGAUCGAAGGAGUAUAGCCAUACCCUUGGGAGAAUGGGGUUCUACUGAAUGUUUAAGGGAGACAGGAUACCUUGCUCGCGAUCUUAUAGAGAGACGUAUUCGAGGUCUAAGGAGAUGGGUGUGUGAUACAAAUGGGAUCUCAGAAGAAAAGUUUGAUGCUGUCACUACACAAGUCAUGGAAAUUGAAUUAAACAAUCAGCCAUCCUACAUUGAUUGGAAUUCUUAUAUUGCUCAAAAACCCGGUACGAAUAUCCAUGUUACCCGGCCAUCUACUAUUUUAGCUGCAGGUCAGUUUUAA